AUGAAAAGUAUGCUGGAUGCAGUAGUGAUUUCUCCCACCCAGAGUGCUUUUGUUCCCGGUCAGAAUAUCCAUGACAAUGUUAUUGCUGCCUUUGAGACAGUUCAUUCUAUUCGAAGAAAUGCUGGAAGAGGUGAGACUAAUUUAAUUCUUAAGCUGGAUAUUAGUAAGGCGUAUGAUCGGGUGGAAUGGUUGUUUCUGGAGAAGAUUAUGCUAAAGCUGGGGUUUGCAGAGAAGUGGGUGCAGCUGAUUAUGAGGUGUGUUUGUUCUACAUCCUUCUCAGUUCUUUGGGAAGGACAACCUACUGGUUUCUUCCGACCUUCAAGAGAUGACAGUUUGGUAUUUGCUAAAGUAGAGGCGCAGGAGGUUGUUAACUUGAAGCAAAUCCUUCUUCUUUAUGAGUCUGCGGAGGGUAAAAAAAUCAACGUUGAAAAAUCAGCAGUGGCGUUUGGGCCUGGUGGGGAAAUCUAG